ACUGAUAAAAUAUAAGUUUUUAGUUUAUUAAUUUGUUAGUGCCAUAAGCGCGAUCGACGCGCGCGCAUCUUUUUUACGUUUUUGUUUUUAUUAAGUAUCUAUUACCUAUAAGUAUUUGUUUUUAUACUUAAGUUUAUUUGUGUGUUUUUAAAAUGUUAAGAUACGUAAUAAUAGCGGUUCUAGUGACCACUUGCCACGUAAAGGCCCAGGCGAACGACAACACUGACGAGCAGACGCUGGAAUGGAUCAAAAACAAUUUCCCACAAAAUAAUGAAAAUGACCAAAAUGGUGCUGACCCGAAUCCAGCAACAAAGAAAACAGAAGACGUGGACGACAUAGUGAAAUGGGUCAGUGACUUUAUAAAACCAGACCCAAAAACCGUAACCAAAAAAAAGGGAGCGAGUGCAAUUAAUUUGGAUCCAUCUAACGUCAGUAUUAGAAAUACAUCGUUGAGCAAACCAGCGGAAACUUCUAACAAGUUUGACAAUGAAAUCAAUACAACUCCUGCCGUGGAUAUGCCAUGCGAAACUGAGAAUGGCGUGUCGGGGGUCUGUGUGCUGUACUACCUGUGCGACCAGAACACUCGUAAGGUCAUCGGAGACGGCACGCACCUCAUAGAUGUCAGGUAUGGGGGUCCUUGCCCUCAUUACUUGGAUAUUUGCUGUCAACUGGAUGAGCGAGUUACACCGAGUGAAGAGGCCAACGUUGUGAACUCUAUACGACCAACGUCAACGCCAACGCCUGCGUACAAACCUGACCAGAAAAGGACAGAAUCUCUACCUAAAGCUCCAUCAACCUCUGCCAGUAAAGAGUGUGGCUGGAACAACCCAGACUUGUUCGUGUUCCAGCCGGCCUCCCAGGAUGUCGCUGAUCGAGGGGUCUACGCCAACUAUGGCGACUUUCCCUGGAUGGUGGCGCUGUUGAAGAAAACGGGAACAAGUGUGUGGGUCCAAAACGACUACAUCGGAGGCGGUUCCCUCAUCCAUCCAUCCGUUGUGAUGACCGCUUACCAUAAACUGCUUCAGGUCACCCCUGAAGAGCUGAAAUGCCGCGCCGGCGAGUGGGACACACAGACCGACAAGGAGCAGCAUAAGAUACAAGAGCGCGACGCGGAUAGGUUCGUCUCGCAUCCAGACUUUUUCCGAACUUCAGUCUACAACGACAUCGCGCUCAUAUUCCUAAAGUCACCCUUCGAUUUGGCGAAGGCUCCACACAUCGGCACUGCCUGCUUGUCCAGCGUUCUGCCGGACCGCGCCACUUGCUUUAGUAUGGGCUGGGGGAAAGACAUCCAGACUGAUGAGUACGUCAAUAUAUUGAAGAAGAUCAAAUUGCCCCUAGUGGAACACAAGACUUGCGAAACCCAGCUACACACCAACACCCGGUUCCGUCACAUCCCAAAGUUCGUCCUACACGAGUCACUAACUUGUGCGGGGGGAGAGGAGCACGUCGACACUUGCCAGGGGGACGGCGGAUCCUCCCUCGUGUGUCCUAUAGGGCAUCGAGACGGCAAGACACGGUACGCGGUGGUAGGUAUGGUAGCGUACGGGCUAGCGUGCGGUAAAAAAGACGUGCCGGGCGUGUACGUGAACGUGCCGCACUUGUACAGCUGGGUGCAGCGGGAGAUGGCGGCCGCGGGGUACGACAACACCACCUACUCUUUCUAGUUAAGUAGGCUAAUAAAAUAAUAUAUGAAAAUAGAAACUUCAAACAGC